AUGCUUUCAAGACUCAACAUCGCUGCAGAGAACAUUCCUCGGACAAAGCUCAAGCUGCAUGUCAUCAUAGGCGCUUUGGUCCUGGUAACAUUUAUCCUCACCAUCGCCCGCGUAGCCGACAGUGGCACUCCUCGGGCCAGAACGAAUACAUGGGGGUUUGCGGUUUGCAUCAAGUCGGCUGUCUUCAUGGCUUACCAGGUCUUAACUGCCCACGUCGAGAGCCUGAAACGAUGGGCAAAUACAAAAGUCAACGUCGUAUUAAAUAUAAUCGACACGGUUUUCUGGUUUGCGCUUAUCAUUAUUUCGAUCAUGGGUACUAUGGGGUCGCGCAGUCUGGGUUUCUUUCGUGGGUCUGUAUUCGUGAGCGGGGGCACUACAAGCAGUAUGGCGUCUUGCCUGGCAGAGCCGGAAAAGGAGCUGGUGUUGUCUAGCCAGUGA